UUCAAUUAAGUACCAAAAAAUAUAACAAUCAUUAGUACCGAUUAUUUGUAAUUCGAAUUACCAUAAACAAUAAACAGAUUCGAAUGCUUCACGCUAUUCGAACAAUCAAGUCAUUUUCACUUUGAAUUUUUGUAUCACUAGUUCUUUUUAAGGAUUUGUUUCCGUUUUCCUCCAGACCUUGGGAGUACCACAAAUUAUACAAAAUAGGUAGUACCUAUUAAGAAACAAACAUCAAACAUGUCCGAGGAAAUAAUAGACGUUGAAAAUGAUAUAAAAUCGAUUACUGAAGAAUGUGAACAGAACUUACAAAACUCACCACUCGAGCUUAUUAAAGGCUGCAACGCAAUGUCAUUAACUACAGAAGAACAACAGCAAAUAUUUGAUUUUGCCCUACCAGCAAAAAGUACAAUUAAUAAACAUAUAGUUGUAGAUGAUGUAUCCAAAUAUACUUAUCCGACACAAAUGACGAACCCUUACGAAAGAGAAAACUGGAUAGUAUCUACAGAUCAUUGUUAUGCAAGACCUUGGAAUUGGAGACCAGAAACAAGUUUUCUACGUCCUACAAAGACAUUAUUUGUAUCUAAACCAAUCAGUGGAAGACGUAAACGAUCUAAUCCUUUAGCUCCCAUACAAGACAUUGAAGAUGUGGUUGAUGUAGAAACUGUAGUUGAAUUACCCCCUCCUAUCUAUGACGUGACUAAAGUAAAAAAUUUAAUGGAAGAAUGUGAAAAUUAUGCUUCCUCAGCCAGAGUUGAUGAUGUCGAUGAGUACUGGGAAGAUAAAAUAUCUCGAAACAAUUGGAAUCCGGCGCAAAACAGAAUAUUUAACGGCAUAGUAAAUAUACUGAAUAGCUUUAAUUUAAGUAAACUUGCCUAUACUGGUGUUCAUAAUGAACCGUUGUUAAGACGAACGGUCAUAGACAAAGCUGUCCAGAGGGUGAGACGUUUACUAGUUACAAUUUCUUGGGAUCCUAAAAUUGUUCAGUGGCUACAUCAAGUAUUAAUCGAUAAUCUAGAGUCUAGUUACCUUGCUGCUUAUUUGGAUAUCUUACAGACUUUAAAAUCAAAACUUCCAGCUUUUGUUGAAAAGAUGAUGUUCGCGCCUAAUUCAUCUUUACGUGUUGGCGCAUUAAAUAAUGCUAAUCUCCAUCCACUAUUAGAACGACCAUGGGACCCUGUUGCCUCUAGUUUAGUGCAGGAUAAACCCAAAAAACUUCCUGGCAAUCCUGUCAUAAUCUUAGUACCCGCAGCACCUAUUAUGUCAAAAAGAAUCAAUAAAUGGAUUAAACUUUUCUCUCACCUGGGAACUGUUGUUACCAUUCCUACAAAUUUCGGUUCUGCGGCCCACAGAAUGACCCUUACAAAUUGUGUCGACCAAAUGUUUUCGAUAACGAGAGGCAAGAUACAAGAUUUAAAAGCGGAUUAUCCUGGGAGACAUAUAAUUUUAUUAGGCUUCAACGCGGGAGGAACUUUAGCAUUACAAAUUGCGCAAGUUGAACCUGUUCUGUGCGUAGUAAGUUUAGGCUUUUCUCUUUUAACGGCGGAAGGAAGGAGAGGUGAACCGGACGAUAAUUUGUUGGAACUGCAAUGUCCCGUUCUGUUUGUUAUCGGACAGUGCUCCAGUACUUCUCUGCAAGAAGACGUAGAAGAUUUAAGAGAAAGGAUGAGGGUAGAGACUGGACUAAUUGUUGUUGGAUCGGCAGACGAACAUUUAAGAAUUAAUAAAAAAAAGAAGAAAUCUGAAGGAAUAACUCAAAGUAUUGUUGAUAGAUAUAUUGUGGACGAAGUCGGCGAGUUCGUCAGUGGCAUAAUCCUUUCCCCAUUUCCACCUCAAAUAAGGCAGUCGCCCACCCACGCCGCCUCCGACAUGGUCACGAAAAAGAGCAAGAUAGAAAGGAAACGUUACAAUUCAAAUACCAGCUCGUUGGACAGCGAACCGCCGUCUCCGACACCACGGAUUUCACGACCAGUGGGCAGGCCUCCAGGUUCGAAGACAAAGUCCAGAUUAGAAAUGAAAUGGGCGCAGCAGAUAGCUCAAGGUACUACCACUCCUUCUUCACCUAGUUCUAGUCCGACACCCCUUCACCCUACUAAUAUCACAUCAGACACCUCAUCCAAUGAUAGUUCUUUACCCGAAAAACAAUUUCCACCUCCCAAAAUUAUUCCGAAUUCCGACACGCCAAUAAAAAAAAUUAAAACCUUAAAACCAGUAAUCAGUAUGGAGAAGGUCGCAAAAUCAACCGCACCUGCCGCACCGCCAGGAAAAAAUAUGAUUAUAUCGUCAGCCCGCAUGCAGGCAUAUGGAUUUAACAGGUCCGUAACACAGAAUUCCAGCUUAUCGACUCUGUUACAGGGAGGUAUAAAGACGAUACCUCCGUCACAACCGAAACCGUCUCCAUCGGGAAUCAAAGUUCUAGAAAACGUUACUUUAAACAGCAGCACUACGGCAAAGUUAAUUUCGAAUAACGGCAGGACCAUCGACUUAUCGAAAAUAACCGUGAUCAAUUCGGUUAAAGGGAGUAACACUGCAGUCGGUAACGUUUUGCUUCUUCCCGAUGGUAAACUGAAAACGGUACAUAGCUCUUCUACCAAGGGAAGUGGCGGCGCACCAAUCUUACUACCGCUGAGCCCCCAAAGAGGUCCAACAAAAGUGAACAGAGGAAAAUAUAUAACUGCAAAACGCCAACUCCUCACUACAAAACCACCGCGACCACUUAAAAAACCCAUUUAUGUGCCGACCUCGACCGUUCCAUCGACACUGCCACCUCCAACAAAUCUGACAACGCAGGAUAUAAUGGAUUUACCAAUUAUAUUCGCGGACGACAAUCAGAUCUUAGAUACAACUUUACCAACCGACUUAACAGGUAAUGUAUCUAAUUCGGGAACCCCUAAAAUUAUAACGUCUCAGACAUCCGGAAAGUUUAUGUUGGUAAAUAAACAGACGGGUAGUUCUGGUAAUUUCAUCAUUACUCCAAGUGGCGUGAAAAAACCGAGUCCGAUCAGUUUCGGUAAACAGCCUCCGAAGUACACAAAAAUCAUACUUUCUUCGAAAAGAAGUAAUGUGGAAGAAUUAAAAUCGAACACGCAAAUUCAUACUUUAUCCCCGGAAAUAACGGUUAAGAAAGUUCCGAGCUGUGAACGUGUUACAGAAAAGGUGCACAGUUCGUCUUUAAUGGAACUGAUAGACUUAGAGAACGAAAUAGAAGCUACAGCUGUGCCUAAACCUAAUUUAUCGACAUCAGAUAUAAAAAAUAUCACCGUACUUCCGAAAAGUUCUGGUGAUAAUUUUGUGUUGAACACGGAAGAUCUCAAGAGGAGUUCGUCGGUAGUUGAUAUAACGGAUGAGGGCGAUCCCGAUUAUAUUCCACCAAAGAAUCUCAAAUUAGAAUAAAAUUUAGUUGUUUGCUUUAUUUGCAUUGUUGAUUAUUUUAUUUGUUCUAUGUAAUAAAUUAUUUCA